AUGGAGUGCUCUCGCCAGCACAUUUCCUACGCUUCAUGGCGUUUAAGAGUCUUUCGGCGUUUGUUCGCGUCUACGUCUACCAACUCGCACACUCUUUCUCCGUCUUCCCGCAGAAACCUUCCCUCUUCCAAAUGUCCCCUCCGAGAAAAUGAAGACCACGACCUCGACAAUGACCCCUCAGUCCGCCCCUCCCAACUCCUCCCCAAAUCCCCCCUAGCCUCAAUCUCAACUGAAAAGAAACGCAAACACCGCGCACCACCGGAACAAUUCCAAGAACUCGCCCGAAACCCAUGGGCAAUGGCCCUCGCGUCCCCACUCCGAAUGUGCACUGUAACAGGAACAAGAGUUCCAAAAGCCUUCCUAGGCGACUGGGGUAUGAUACGACGCUCUGACGCCGCAGACUCAGAGAAACUAUGGAUAAUGCCAGUCGGGUUGUUGAAGGAUGAACUUUCGCGGACAUUGAAGGGACCAUUGAACUUCCUCAAACUCCGGAUCGUUGAUCGUCUUCCGCUGCUAAAGCAGCUCACAAAACCGUUGAGUCGGUCGACCGGUGGGAAAAAGUCGCCACUUGUGAAGUUGAUUCCGCAGCGGUGGAAGCAUCCGUUUGGACCGAUGACGAAUCAGGAGGAUAGGUUGUUGGUUUGGAGGGGAGAUAUGCCGGAUUUCGUGUUUGGGCGGUUGAGGAAGGAUGCUUUGAAGAAGUUGAAGAGGGCAUGUAGUGAGAAUGGACAGGAGAGGAGUGCAGCCGACCGGGUUUGGAGUGUUGUUGGAUUAGAUGGAGACUCUGGGGGGGCUUUGGUUGAGGCAUUAAAGGGCAUUGAGACCGUUGAACGUAUGAGCUCUGGUGCUGUGUUGAUUAUGUGCCAGAAAUCCCAGACUGAGAACCAGUCUGAGUGGUUUGGGGAAUCCCAGAAACGGGUCUCGAACUUCCCUGACUACGUUACUCUGCCUCAAGUUCAAUCAAAGGUCCCAGUAUUCGAUCUCUCUAUUCUCUUGUCUGAGAGUGACAUGGAGGCUCUUAGAGCGUAUGACCAGCGUUUCCAGACCACGGCUCUGUUCCUCAGACCAGAUGAUACUACGGCUGUCGAUGCGGUCCUUGCAUUGUGGAAACUGAAAGGCUUCAUUCGACAUGACGCGCAGUACACACCUUAA